AGAAUAUUAAAAACCCCUGUAUAUAAAUUGUUUCUUUAAAUUCAUCAUUAAAAAUAAAUUCGAAAGAUUUCUAUCUGAAGGGUAGGAAAAAAAUCAAUGCGUCGGGCGACGGCGACGCCGAAACGUGCAACGUCUAACGUCGCGCAUACGUAAUAGCGUCACCGUCAACGCAUUCUCGUUUAGUCGAAUUAAAACCGUGAACGCGCUCCUGGCCACUGUUCGGUGGUCAUCUAGGAAGCCCUAUGCGAUAUCCUAGGUGAGAUAAGAAUUAACAACCGCGUGAAUGCCUCCGUUUGGCACAAAAUGUCGUCUACUGGUGAGGAGGUGUUGCAAGUUAACGUUACCAUUCACGACACCUGCCUGGAUGAUAGAAAGUACUGGUGUUUCAUACUUUCAUCCAUUUGUACUUUCAUCGCGGGAUUACUUAUUGUGCUCGUGUGGAGGUUGUUUGCUUUUUUGUGUUGUAGAAAGGAUCCCGAAUUGGGACCUAACGAUCCGAAACAAAAAGAACAAAAGGCCGCUAGACAGGGAAAACAAGAAUUCGAAGGGACUUUUAUGACGGAGGCCAAGGACUGGGCGGGAGAAUUGAUAUCCGGCCAAACCACUACGGGAAGGAUUUUGGUUGUCUUAGUAUUCAUUCUGAGCAUAGCUUCUUUAAUAAUUUACUUCAUAGAUGCCUCAAAUGAAAAGGUAGAACGCUGCCAAGAAUGGAGCUCCAAUAUCACCCAACAAAUCGACCUCGCCUUCAACAUAUUUUUUAUGGUCUAUUUUUUUAUAAGAUUCAUAGCGGCUAGUGACAAGCUUUGGUUUAUGUUAGAAAUGUAUUCGUUUGUGGAUUAUUUUACGAUCCCACCUUCGUUUGUGUCCAUCUAUUUGGAUCGUACAUGGAUUGGUCUUCGUUUUUUGCGUGCUUUACGUUUAAUGACAGUACCGGAUAUAUUACAGUACCUCAAUAUUCUAAAGACUUCUAGUUCAAUACGGCUCGCUCAGUUAGUUUCCAUAUUUAUAUCUGUAUGGCUCACCGCAGCCGGAAUUAUCCAUUUGUUGGAAAAUUCCGGGGAUCCUUUAGAUUUCAGUAAUCAACAUCCUUUGCCGUAUUGGAAUUGUGUAUAUUUCUUGAUCGUUACUAUGUCAACGGUGGGAUACGGAGAUGUCUAUUGCCAUACGGUAUUGGGAAGAGGAUUUUUAGUAUUUUUUCUACUUGUCGGAUUGGCGAUAUUCGCCAGUUGUAUCCCAGAAAUAAUAGACUUGAUCGGAACUAGACCAAAAUAUGGUGGAACCUUGAAGAACGAGAGAGGCCGAAGGCACAUAGUUGUAUGCGGGCAUAUAACAUACGAAUCGGUUUCACAUUUUCUAAAAGACUUUCUACACGAAGAUCGAGAAGACGUCGACGUCGAAGUCGUUUUUUUACAUAGGAAACCACCAGACCUAGAACUGGAAGGUCUUUUCAAGAGACACUUUACCACUGUAGAAUUCUUCCAAGGUACCAUUAUGAACCCUAUUGAUCUGCAAAGGGUGAAGGUACAUGAAGCCGAUGCGUGCCUAGUUUUAGCCAACAAAUACUGCCAAGAUCCAGAUGCGGAAGAUGCAGCUAACAUUAUGAGAGUUAUAUCGAUUAAAAACUAUAGUGACGACAUUCGGGUUAUCAUACAAUUGAUGCAAUAUCAUAAUAAGGCAUACUUGUUGAAUAUACCAUCAUGGGAUUGGAAACAGGGAGACGACGUCAUCUGUUUGGCAGAAUUGAAAUUGGGAUUUAUAGCACAAUCAUGUUUGGCGCCGGGAUUUUCUACAAUGAUGGCAAAUCUAUUCGCAAUGCGUUCUUUCAAAACGAAAUAUGCGCAUCUAUCGAGGUCUCCUGAUACGCAAGUUUGGCAAAACGAUUAUCUACAAGGAACGGGAUGCGAGAUGUAUACCGAAACGUUGUCCACCUCGUUCACUGGCAUGUCGUUCACCCAGGCUAGCGAGUUAUGUUUCAUUAAACUCAAGUUACUUCUGUUGGCGAUAGAAGUUCGAGGAAUUGAAGGGGCGGAUACAAAAAUAUCCAUCAAUCCAAGGGGAGCCAAAAUCGUUGCUAAUACUCAGGGAUUCUUCAUUGCUCAAUCAGCUGAUGAAGUGAAAAGGGCUUGGUAUUAUUGCAAAGCUUGCCAUGAGGAUAUAAAAGACGAAACUUUAAUCAAGAAAUGCAAAUGUAAAAACUUAGCGACGUUCAGGAAAGGCAUCAGGACCAUACAAAUGGUUGGUCUAGCAAAUGACCAUCAUCCCGCUCCCACUUUUACUCCGCCAGAAUUGCCCAAGAAAGUGCAUAUACGAGGUGAUAUGAAUCGUCAUGAUGAUGUCAAUUUGGCACACAGGAAUCCAAAUCAUAGGAAUAGUACAAUAGCCAUGACGAAUAUGGUAAAUGUAACGAAACAAGUUAAUAAAGUAAAACCGAAUAUUACCAGAAGUGCAACGGAUAAUGUGACAUCUCCGGAUUAUAAUUCAAGAGUGCCGGAACAAGAGACUACAUCUUACGCCGGCUAUCAUCUAGCAUAUGAAGUGAAAAAACUCAUGCCGACGAGUAGAAGCAGCGGCGGAAAUAAUCAGAAUAACAACGGUGUGGCUUUACCUGUAGGUUUAGCAGACGAUCAAGCCAAAGACUUUGAUUUCGAAAAAACCGAAAUGAAAUACGACAGUACUGGAAUGUUUCAUUGGGGUCCUGCGAAAAAUCUAGAAGACUGCAUACUGGAUCGCCAUCAAGCAGCGAUGACCGUUUUGAAUGGUCACGUGGUAGUUUGCUUAUUCGCCGAUCCAGAUUCUCCGCUGAUAGGUCUAAGAAAUUUAGUUAUGCCAUUGAGAGCUAGUAAUUUUCAUUAUCACGAACUUAAACACGUUGUUAUAGUAGGCUCAGUUGAUUACAUCAGGAGAGAAUGGAAGAUGUUACAGAAUUUACCUAAAAUUUCCGUAUUAAAUGGUUCUCCGCUAAGUAGAGCGGACCUUCGUGCCGUUAACGUAAACUUAUGUGAUAUGUGUUGCAUUCUAUCAGCUAAAGUACCGAGCAACGACGAUCCUACUUUGGCGGAUAAAGAAGCGAUUUUAGCGUCUCUUAAUAUUAAAGCAAUGACAUUCGAUGAUACUAUAGGUGUUUUAAGUCAAACUAAUGGAACGAACGAAGCUGGUACACCCGUCGGUAGUCCCAUUAUUUUACAAAGGAGGGGAUCCGUUUACGGAGCCAACGUUCCUAUGAUAACAGAAUUAGUAAAUGAUAGCAACGUCCAAUUCUUGGAUCAAGAUGAUGACGACGAUCCGGAUACGGAACUUUAUCUAACGCAACCUUUUGCUUGCGGCACGGCGUUCGCCGUUAGCGUUUUGGACUCGUUGAUGUCUACGACUUAUUUCAAUCAAAAUGCCUUAACUUUAAUUAGAUCUUUAAUUACGGGUGGAGCUACACCCGAACUAGAAUUAAUUCUAGCCGAAGGAGCUGGACUACGAGGAGGUUACAGUACCGCAGACAGUUUAUCGAAUAGAGAUAGAUGCAGGGUAGGACAAAUAUCCUUGUACGAUGGUCCUUUAGCUCAAUUUGGCGAAACUGGAAAAUACGGGGAUUUAUUCGUAGCGGCCUUGAAACAAUUUGGAAUGUUGUGUAUCGGAUUAUACAGGUUUAGAGAUACUAGUUCGUCGUGUGACGCUAGCAGUAAAAGAUACGUUAUUACGAAUCCGCCGGACGAUUUUCAGUUGUUACCGACAGAUCAGGUAUUCGUGUUAAUGCAAUUUGAUCCUGGUCUAGAAUAUAAACAAGUUAGGAGUCGCACUGGUACCGGUCAAGGCAGCGGUACUGGAGGCGGAGGAACAAAUAAAGACGAAAACUCUUGACUGCUACUUUGCAGCGCCCUAACAGACGGACCAUAUUCGUAUAUUUAGUAAAUUAUCAUAUUUACCGGAUUAAUCUGCAAUAAAAAUUUGAAAUAUAUAUAUAUAUAUAUAUAUAUAUAUAUAUAUAUAUAUAUAUAUAUAUAUAUAUAUAUAUUUCAAAUUUUUAUUUAUCUUGAAGUUGAUAUAUUGAUAUAAGCACCAUUCCAAAUUCAUUUUCCAGAUUUCAUUGAAGAAAAAAGAAUCGUUAAAACUAUUAAGUUUGUAUAUAUGAAUUUUUUAAAAAUUAAGUUACGUGCACAACUGAUGUGAUAUUUUAAGGAUUGAUUAUAAAUAGAAAUAUUUGCAACAAAAUUGAAAAUACCAAAAUCAGAUUAAACUGAUAUUUACUGUUAUUUUUAUUUCGUCUCUCUUAGUGCUCGUUUAACAAGAUAUAGGAGGUUAUCGAUAAUGAAAAACAAAAAACUUUUUUUAUGAAAUUUCUCAAUUUUGUUUCAAACUAUUCGCUUCAUCAAUAGAAGGAUCGAUAGUGUUAACAUUUUGACUAAUUUCCACUAAAAUUUGAUAGAUGGAACCUUUUCUUUUCGGAUUUAAAUACAAUCGAUCCUUCUUUACGAAUAGAUAGAAAUAUUGUAAACCAAAGACUUGAAAACAUUGAAUUUUAAUUGUGUAUAAUAGACUAUCGAAUAUUUUUUAAUUGGAUUCGACUUGAAAGUAAAAGGGGCGCUUUAAUGAAGUAUCUAUAAUAAAAUUGUAAAUAUUUGUAGUGAAAAUUCGGUAGGAAAUAAAAAUUUUUAUUUUCGAUAAAAAUAUACGUUUCAAUCCAAUUUAAUUACUUUUUUUUCUUAUUUAUUCCUUUUUUUUAAUUCAGUUUGUUAUAUAUGUAGUAUGCAACUUAUUCAACCGUUUGAUUAUUAAUAUUGAUGAGAAACAUUGAUUACUGAAUAAAGUUGUAAAUAAAUUGUAAAUAUAUAAAUGUGUAGAGCUUAAUGUGUCCAUACGAGUUUUAAGAUGUACAUUUUUUUAAAAAUUGGAAUCAAGAAGAAAAAAAUCUGUACCCAGUCAGCCAAAAAAGAAUCUUUAUAGGGAUAAGUCGUUUGCUAAUAUUUUUUCAACUCGCCUUUGAAUACAAAUACAAAUAUAUGUAGUAAAAGGACUGCGAAAUGGGAAUAUGUAGAUAAGAAAAAAGUGGAAGUUAUGUAAGAAUUUGUUUUCGUUAAAUAAAUUUGUACAAACAUAUUUUAUACAUCACUGAUACAUUUUCACUCAUUGAAAUUACAAAGUACAAAUUUCAUUUAUCGAAAAUCAAUUCAAAUGUUUAUGUUUGCUUAUUAUUCUCACACGUGUAUAAUUGCUUAUUAGGAUUAAAUGAAUAAUUUGAAUUUCAUAUCAAUUUAAAUAUUUUUAUGGAAUUUCAUCGUAGAAUGACUGCACGUAAUUGCGUUUUUUGUACUUUAGUAAUGUUGCAAAUAAAUUUACAUUUGUUGAUACUUUGGAUUUUUUAUGAAAUAUGUUUAAAUAAAGCGAUAUGGAAGAAAAA